CCAAGUUGUCUCGCGGGGCCUCACAGUUGUAGAUACACAAUUUAAUUUUUUACAUGAGGCAGAUUAAAAUUAGAAUCUUAAAUUACGCUUUACUUCACAAAAGUUGUACCAUCUCGGCUAAUUACAUGCAGCUGCGAUUGUGAUGUAGUUUUACGCCUACAUUUAGUGAGGAAAGACAAUGAAAAGAAGACAUCUUUACUUUAUCUGUUGCCUUUUCGCAUUUGUACGCCUUAAUGUCUUUUCGUCAGCUUUCAGGCGAAACAAAGCUAGCAAAAUCCCAAAAGACAAACUGUCAACAUCAAACAAGAUUCCUGGGCCGGUCUUAAUGCCUCAAAUUGGUUCGCAAAGCCACCACCCAACAUCAGCACCCAGGUCGACCAGGACCCGGUUCGACUUUACUUACCUUCCAGACGUCUCUGUUUCUUGUUCUACGUCCGACAUUGUUGUUCGGGUCAAGCCGUCUUUCUACGGGUUCGGCGCGGACGAGUCGGAGCUCAAACUGGGAAGCAGCUGCAGAAGCAACGGUGUUCUCAGACCAUACGGAGACUUCAUCUUCACUUACCCGCUGACGGCGUGUGACCCCGGGCGUGAGGUAACGCGCGACUUCUUGGUCUACAGAUACACUCUCCACUAUGAACCUUCAAAUAAGACGCCUCUGAUUGACGUCGGCAUUGAAUGUCGUUAUCAGAGGUACCACCAUGUGUACCAACUGGCAGUCAAGCCCACAUGGCAAACUGCUCUUGUGCGUAAAAACCUGAAAACACGUCAAAAUGAAUUCCUAAUCCAGCUGAUGGAUGAUUCAUGGAAUAACCCGGUUAAACAUCAGGUGUACCAACUUGGUCAGAAGGUUCACAUCCAAGUCUCGGCUCCACAUCUCCAGACUGGAAGGAAAUUAUACAUCAACAGCUGCCAUGCUUCAAUCGCUAGUGGCUCUUCAUCAUCCCAGAAAUACACAAUCAUUGGACAUUUAGGUUGCAUGCUGGACAGCAAACGGGACCCUGGAGGGGCCUCUCAGUUCAUCUCUCACACAAACAAGACCUUGAGAUUCUCAUUCAAAGCCUUCCAGUUCAAUUCUGACCCAGACAAAGAGAUCAGCAUUCACUGCAAAUUAUUUGUCACAUCAGAGAAGCCAGGUCCGGCACGUAAAUCAUGCACCUAUAGGCAGGGCAGGUGGGUGUUAAAUCUAAAUAAGUAUUCCAUGUACUUUCAAGUGGAUUGA